GUACAUAAACUACAUAUACAUUGAAUGUACUGGUAUAUAAAGGUAAAUUAAAUUUAAGAAUACAUUUCAGUAUUAAAUCAAACGUAGACAAUAAUAAUUGUUUCGAAAUAAAUAUCACGACGAGAAUACGAAUAAUUUACCGCGAAAAUGUGUAGCAUAGCAAUCAAAGUUUUAUUUGUAAUGUCAGUAGUUGGUUGCAUUGUUGCCGCACCUGCUCCAGAUGCCACACCCGUUAAAGCUGAGGGACGUACAUUGGGUCUACUAGGAGGUGGUCUUGGUGGUGGUAUCGGUUUAUCGGUGGGACUUAAUAGUGGUAUAUAUGGAGGUUUAGGUGGUGGUGGCUACCACGGUGGUUAUGGAGGUUAUGGUAAUGGUUAUCAUAGACCUGGUGGUUAUCAUGGCUAUCACGGUUAUCCAGGAGGUUAUGGCGGUGGUUAUGGCGGCGGCUAUGGUGGAGGUUAUGGUGGCGGUUAUGGUGGUGGUUAUCACGGCUAUCCAGGUGGUUAUGGAGGUGGUUAUCAUGGCUAUCCCGGUGGUUAUGGACAUGGCGGUUAUGGUGGUAGUUAUUAUGGCGGCCAAUAUAGUCAGUCUCAUCAUCAAGGAAGCUACUACGGUGGUCAUGGUGGUUUCCAUUAGACCUGAUAAAAGUUUUAUUGUGGAUAACAA